AUGUUGCCCCCAACUGGAGCCCUAUCGCAAACUCUCCAAUCCCUCACCGACAGUAAAAUCCAGGAAGUGGAAAAAUUACGUGGACUUUAUGAGUCUCAGAAGACCAGUAUCCUUCAUGAGGCUGAUCAGGUCACCAACCAUCAAGAGCGGGUCGCUCGCAUACUCGUUGGCAUCAAACGCUACUACCCGAACGAAUACCACGACCCGGAGGUCCGCAAUAUCGAACAACUAUUAGACCAAGCACGAUAUGAUUCAUCAAUCCCACCAGAGACUCUGCAAAAGUUCGAAUCUCAGCUGAGGGCCCGGCUGGAAACCAAGAGCCGCAGGCUGGGACUCGCCGACCUCUACUGCCGUCUCCUGACGGAGUGGAUGCAGCCACCGACUGAUCCAGAGAAGGGCAAGGAAGUGGCCACGAUCGAGGACGACUUCUUGCUAGUGGAAGGAAAACAAAAGCAGAAACUGAAGGAACUCUGCGAUCAGUUCGAGUCGGUGGUAUUCGAACCACGAGAGACGAAUGCAGACGAAAUUCGGGGAUUUCUGGACGGCCUCUUUGCUACGGAGGAGAGUGCUAAGGCCCUAGAAGAGCUCCGGGCGAGAAUUCAUCUGCAAUGCAUAACUUUCUGGGAAGAGGAGGAGCCAUUCAAUCCUGAUGCGUUGGCGAUGUGCAUCCGAGGCCUCCUGACUGAAGACCUCCUCAGCGAGGAAAAGCAGGACACCCUGAAGUACAUACUCGAGAACAAAGUAGCGCUGAGGGAGAUUUCAGACGUCUUGAAUAUGCGCUAUGCCGACCUGGGCAAUUGGGACUGGCGUGCAGGAAAGGACGGCAUUCCCGUUCUGCCUCGCCAGCAGGUGAACGGGAAGUAUCGCAUCUGGAUGGAUGAGGAUGUGCUCCAGGCUGUAUUCACCCAAUAUAUCUUCAUCCGGCUAUGCAACAUGGUCAAGGAGACCCUAACGGACUUCAUCGGAGACGGGAGGGUAUGGGACUGGGGGCGGUCGAGGGAGAUGACAGAGCGGGAUAAGCUGCGAUGGAAGUACUAUUUCAACCUGUCUUCGCCCGCCUCGUUCGGCGUGGACGCUGUGCGCAAGCAGGAAUUCCUCGAAAGACAUUUUCUGUACCAGAUCCCCAGUACACAAACGACGCUGCAGGAGCGCGGUGGAGCAUACGACGACGAUGACGGCGAUGAAGGCUCCUAUGCGGCACCAUCGGAAGUCCCAAAGAAUAUCAAACAACAGCUCCUACGCAAAAUUGCCACGGAGACGCUCAUACAGCGGCAAGUAAACGGGCGAGCUGCGGUGGUGCAGUCCGACCUACAGUGGUAUGCGACUGCCCUCCCGCACAGCACGAUAUUCGCAGUUGUCAAGUACCUUGGCUUCCCAGAGAAAUGGAUACGGUUCUUCGAGAAGUACCUGAAAACACCGCUGAAUCUGAUCCGAUCGUUCGAAGACAGCCAAAGCGGCCCACGCAUUCGUCAUAGGGGCGUCCCCAUGUCCCAUGCAUCGGAGAAAUUUCUCGGUGAGCUCGUGCUCUUUUUCAUGGAUGUGACCGUCAAUCGUAAGACCGGCAUGCUUCUGUAUCGGAUGCACGACGACCUGUGGUUUUGUGGCGAGCCCGAGCAGUGCGUGAAGACGUGGGAAGUGCUUCAAAAAUACGCAAGGAUCACUGGUCUCGAUUUCAAUUACAGCAAGACUGGGUCAGUAUACUUGGCCGACAUUGUCGAUGAAGCUGUCGUCUCCAAAUUGCCCCAGGGGCCCGUCAAGUUUGGAUUCCUGAUACUUGAUCCAAAGUCCGGCAGCUGGGUGAUUGACCACAGCCAGGUGGAAGCACACAUCCAGCAAUUGAAGAAGCAGCUCGACCACUGCGACAGCAUUAUCUCAUGGAUAAGAACGUGGAACAGCUGCAUUGGUCGGUUUUUUAGAAGCACGUUCGGUGAGCCUGCGUUCUGUUUUGGCCGGCCCCAUGUGGACGCAAUUCUCGCUACGUAUGCGAAACUCCAGAAUACGCUGUUCGAUGAUCAAAGGCAAUGUGGAGCACUGCGAGUGACCGAGUUUCUGCGGCAAAGAAUCAAGUCGCAUUACGGCGAGUUUGACAUCCCAGAUUCGUUCUUCUUUCUUCCAGAGGAACUAGGAGGUCUUGGACUGCGGAACCCCUUCGUGCCGAUCAUGCUGGUGCGUGGGAAUAUAGAGAAUUCUCCGAUUGAUCUUUGCGAUAAGUUCAAGAAGGAAGAGAUAGAAGACUACGUGGCAGCAAAGAAGGCAUUCGAGGAUCUCCAUGAACGUGCCCGCUUGCGACGACUCGAUUAUAUCAACCGGGAAGCCGACUCGAGGCUAGGACAGAUUAUCAAGACCUCUGAAAUGAAUCAUUUCAUGUCCUUUGAAGAGUAUACUCGUUUCAGAGAGUCAAAGAGUACCAGGCUUCGGUCUUGCUACGAAGAGUUGAUGCGUGUUCCCGAAAGGAUGAGCCUGUUCAGUACUCAAAUAGUCAGGGAUGAACUUCACCGCACGGGGCGUUCCCGGCUAGGCCACCUGGAUUUGGAGACAAAAUGGCUUCUGAACUUGUAUGCAGAUGAGUUGCUGGCAAAUUUUGGGGGGUUUGAUCUCGUGGACAAGAAGUUCUUGCCAGUGGGCGUGCUGAACAUGGUCAAGGGAAAGAAGGUUAAGUGGCAGAUGGUGCUCUAG